AUGUCGGGGUGGAUCCGAGGUACCGAUUUCUCUAGUCUGAUUUCUCCUCUGUUUUGUUCCUUGAUAAAGGCUUCCUGUGACAAGAUGAACGUGACAAAUAUUUUUGCCGAUCACAAGAAAGACGACGAAGUUGAGCUCUUAUGCAAAGCUGCAACAGUUGCUCGGGAGGGCCAAAGCUGCUACAGGCAGUUAGAAGGCAUUUUCAUUAACUUACACCAGCUUGUAACAAGGGCGAGCAAAGACUUCAAGGCACCUUGUCCAGUGGCAGCAGGCAACACUACUUCACUGAAAGAUUUUCUGCUGGACCUCAACAGAGUCCUCCAACGAUUAGCAAAAGACUAUAGAAUCUGA